CGCAUAUAACCGCCUGCUUAUAUCUUAAAUAAUGAAAUAGAAAUCUGCCGCGGCCAACCGCCUGCUCAUAUCUUAAAUAAUCAAAUAGAAAUUUGCCGCGGCAUGUAACAAGAAGCCCCUCCCCCGACAAGAUCACUCAAGAGGGAAAGGAAAGAGGUCGUAUUUCCUUUACAGAAGAAGACUCCACAAGAAGAGGCCGCGAUAAAACGCUCAAGAACACUACACCAAACAACACAAAGAUGGGGAACAUUAUUCCAAUGGAUCAAUCCAAAAAGCAGGAAAUUGAGGAUCUUGCCUCCGAGUUCCUCGCCACGUUUGCGGUGGAGUACCCCCUGGCGUACGGGGUAGAGGUCGCUAAAGCUAAGAUGAAACAGAUGGAUCAAGAGGCAUUCGCAGAGGAGGAAACCAAGAAGGAACUCAAGUACAGAGAGCCUGUUGAGCUCAAGGAGCCGAGGAAGACUGGAUACCUUAUCAAACAAGGAGCGCUUAUCAAGAACUGGAAAAAGCGAUUUUUCGUCGUCAACCCUGACUAUACUAUCGACUACUACGAAAACGAGGAGGCUUACGAGAAGGGCUUCAAGGCCAAAGGCACCAUUUGUCCCUCGGGGUACAAGGUUGAGGAUGACGCAGACUCCAGCAUUUUGCAGAAAGUGAAGAAAGUCGCGAAGACCAUGGGUGUGGACGAGAGCGAGCUCCCUAAGCCAGACAGCUAUCCCCCGCACACUUUCGAGGUGGCCCACGAGAGACGCCGGCCAUACUACAUAACGGCUGAGAACGAAGAAGAGAAGAAGGAAUGGAUUCAGAUGUUUGAGCUAUGCUGCAUGAACUCUAAGGGAUUCAAAAACCCUGAUCCGCUUGCCCAAAGAGCGUUCGUAGUGGCCCACAGGCGCGCCCGCGGUAAAUCUGGUCUGUGGUAUCACUCACGUAGCGGGGGCACAGAGGAACAGGUCCUGUGUGACUCCAUAGUAGAACUGAUCGACUGGCGCGUGAUGGGUAGUGUGUACAGUAACUUAACCGGGGGCUACAUUGUCCGCAAAAAAGUCAGAGAGCAGGUUGUGAAGACGCUGGACUCUAUCGUCAAGGCCAUGGUGAUUCCUUCCUACACCGCCCUUGUGGAGUCCACACAGAAGAUGAAAGGCCCAAUGGAGGAGUCGAUUGACAGCAAGAAAGAUGAGAUUGUAAACGCACAGAAAAAGAUCACAACAGAACUGGCAGAUAAACUUGAUGGCAUGAUACAAGAGCAUGUGCAGGAUCUUGUUGAGGAUAUCGAGAAACUCGAGGCCGCACUCAAGGAAGUGAUAACCAAGGUGCUGCCGGUUCUUCGAGAGACAACUUUAGUAAGGCUACUGGACCAAACUGCCAACCGCGUUAAGGACAACGACAACAUCGAGAAAUCGCUGCCUGACUACUUUAAAGUGUUGGAUAAAGUGAGAACGUCCAGGUGGCCGGACGAGUAUCGCCAGACAUACAACGCCAUGACAGAGGUCAAGAGCAUCAUUUAUAACUCCAACGAAAUCUUUCAAACGUAUGCCUCCUAUAACCAGGUCUACUCCACCAUUUAUAGACUUCUAGAUGUUGUAGACGGAGCGUUUUUCACGUUCGAAGAACUUUUCCAAGAACUCAUCAAAGGUACAGACGCACUUACCAAUGGUAAGACAGCAGCAGAUGCCAUGGUAACGGCCAAGGACCAGGUCUUGCCCAAAUACGACCAUGACGUCACGCCCGUCCCUGGGGAGAUGAGUCUCAAACACACUACUGACGUCAUCCUCCAAGUCAUUAAUGCAAAGAUUGAUCCGCUGACCAAGGAUCUUCGCAAGACUCUGAGCAAGGCCAUUCCUAAACCUGUGGAGCAGAUUGUCAGCGUAGAGGAUCGAUACGAGCUAUUUGUGGAACAAUCCGUAGCCAAACUCGUCAAGAAAAUUCUCGGGAUUCCUGUGUCAGAACCAACAAAGCCUGGUGAAAAGCCAUCAACAGAUUUGUAAUCACCACAUGAUUAACACAUGAUUACGUGAUACCUGGCUACACACGUGAUUGCCACGUGUCUGACUCUACAUUAUUUUCUAGAGCCUUCAAAGUCAAGAUCAUCUCGAAUCACAAACCCAUCGCGUCUGUGAUGAAUUAGUUUAGAUGUAGCGCUAGUUACGCUCGAGUAUGAUAUUUUAUAAAAAUACAAUAUAUUUUGAUAAAUACAAAAAGCCCGAUUGUCGUGUUCGUGAACAAGAAGAAUAAAUACAAUACACCAAAAAACUGUGCCAAUUUUUUUUUCUUUAAGAGUCGAAUACCAGUUUUUGGUGUAAAAGCUAGAUUUAUCUAUAAUAUCAAGAUAUAAGAGACAAAGAAUAAUAAAAACCUGGAAGGUCUUAGAAAGUCGGCACGGGAUUAUCUUGAGAGAAAAAUUAAAGCAACAUCCGGAGCCAUUUCCCCCUAUGAUUUGGCAGAAAGAAAUUAUUGAUAAAUGCUUAAAGACCCGAGACUUAGUGCGGAAGUGUAUCAUUAUGUGUCAUUAUCAGUAAAGUUCGUCCACUGCAAUUACCCGAUAAUUUAUAGUUUUUAUAACGAUGUUUAGCUGACAGCUAUGCUAAAAAUAACAACCCAUAGAAGCAUUAGCAAAAACAACAAACAUGGGAAGCCCGCGUUUCUAUUUCCACAAUAAGUUGUCUUACAUUUUAUCGCAGUUUAAGUCACCUUUAGGAUUAUCACUCUUUCUUUAAAAAAAUGCCUUAACUAGACAUAAGAAUAAUGUGAUAAGUUUGUCAAAAAAUAAACAAGCUUAUUAACUACGA